CUACUGAGCCCACGUGCCACAACUACUGAAGCCCGCGCGCCUAGAGCCCCCCGUGCUCCACAAGAGAAGCCACCACAAUGAGAAGCCCGUGCACCGCAAUAAAGAGUAGCCACCGCUCGCCGCAACUAGAGGUAGCCCGUGCACAGCAACGAAGACCCAACACAGCCAAAAAUAAAUUAAUUAAUUUUAAAAAAAAAAGGAAUUAUGUUCAACUUUACUGGAAAAUAAGGAAAUGUGAAAUAAAACCACAGAUAAUACCAUUUCAGACCAGACUGGCAAAUACGAUUAAAAGAGGUGACACCAGGAAAGAGGUGAAUCUGGCACGUCUUACACAUUGCUGGAGGGAUGUCAAACUACUAAAAGCCACUAUAGACAGCAAUUUGGCAGGUACUGAGAAAGCUGAAAAUGCAUGUAGCCCGUGACCCCAAAUUCCAUUUCUAAGGAUCUACUUGAGAGAAACUUGUACAUGUACACAAGGAUACAUGUACAACAGCAGCCUGAUGAGGGAUACCAGGAAAUUAAGAAAUAACCAAAUGUCCGUAAGUAGAAUAGUUAGAUGAUGGCACGUGCAUGCAGUGAGAUCUCAUGUAGCAGUUACAGUGAGCAAACCGGAUGCAGAAGCCACCUGUAUCCACUGAGUAAAUCUUCAAAAAACACUGCUGAGUGAAAGAAACAAGUUUGCAAAAUAAUAUGCACUGUUUGAUACAUUUAAAAAAAUUAAUGCCCUAUAUCGUAAAAUUAUACUACUUCAUGAAAGUGGUUGCCUCUGGGUAGAAAGGGAGGAGAGAGAAUGAGACUACACCUCCUUAUUACCUGCGUCUGGGGCAGAUUGCGCUCCUGCCUCUGUCCCAUGCCGCUGUUGUGGAAUAUUUAUAGAAGGGAAUGCUGGAAUUACUAUAUAAAAAUGAACGAAUUUUUACAAUAUGCACCAUAGGUGAAUCUCACUAAAAUAAUACUGAUUUUAAAAAGCCAGACAGGGCUUCCCUGGUGGCACAGUGGUUAAGAAUCCGCCUGCCAAUGCAGGGGACAUGGGUUCGAGCCCUGGUCCGGGAAGAUCCCAUGUGCCGCGGAGCAACUAAGCCAGUGCGCCACAACUACUGAGCCUGCGCUCUAGCACCCGCAUGCCACAACUACUGAAGUCCGCGCACCUAGAGCCCAUGCUCCGCCACAAGAGAAGCCACCGCAAUGAGAAGCCUGCGCACCGCAACGAAGAGUAGCCCCCGCUCGCUGCAACUAGAGAAAGCCCGCACACAGCAACGAAGACCCAACGCAGCCAAAAAAAAAGCCAGACAUAAAAGGAUAAACACUGGGGACUUCCCUGGUGGUCCAGUGGUUAAGAAUCCACCUUCCAAUGCAGGGGACGCAGGGUUCGAUCCCUGGUCAGGGAACUAAGAUCCCACAUGCCUCGGGGCAACUAAGCCCGCAUGCUGCAACUACUGAGCACUCGUGGGCCGCAACUAGACAGAAGACCACGUGCUGCAACGAAGAUCCCGUGUGCCGCAACAAAGACCCGACACAGCCAAAUAAAUAAACAAAUAUGGGGGGUAAAUAAAAGGAUGCACACUGUGCAAUACUGUUGAUAGAAUUUGCUGAGUGAAAUAAAGCACAUGCAGAAGUCUGUGUGUGAGGACUUCCCUGGUGGUCCAGUGGUUAAGACUCCGCGUUCCCAAUACAGGGGGCCUAGGUUUGAUCCCUGGUCAGGGAACUAGAUCCCACAUGCCGAAACUAGGACCUGGCACAGCCAAAUAAAUGUUAAUAAAAAGUCUGUAUGUGGUGUGACACUAUUUCUUGUUUGUUUGUUGUUUUUAAAGCCAAAAAACAGUAAUGAAAGCUGCAUUUCCACCAGAAACACAGAUCUAAAGUAUCAUAGGAUCUGAAAAGUCAUAGCAUACAUAAAGGUUUUAAAUGUUUGCUAUGGUCUAGAUGAACUAUUUCAUUUUUUAAAAAAAUGCACAUGUCCCCAGGAAGAUAAGUAUUUAGGUAUUCUUUGCAACACUGUAAUAACAAAAUUGGAUGCAACCUAAACGUCCAAGAUUAAUGAAUAAGUUGAUACACUUAUACAGUGGAAUACUAUACAAGUCAAAAUGAAUGACUAUAACUAAGAAGAAUCAAUUUAGAUAGUUCCCUGAUGUUGAGUGAAAAAAAACAAAUUUACAGAAUAAUUUAUGUACAGUGCUCAACAAUGUAUGUAAAUGUAUUAUAAGCACAAACAGGGCAGAGUUAACUGUUCUUGAGCACCUACUAUGUGCCAGGUGCCUACCUUAACCCCCAGAGCAACCCUAUGAGCUAGUUACUGAUACUCUGUCUUUUCACAGAGUAGGAAACUGAGGCUCGGUGAGGUGCAGCCCUGCCCAGGGACACAGCCGGAGGAAGCCUAGGUCUGGGACCCACUGGCCAGCCCCUUGAGGCCCCUCCCUGCUCGGCCGGUCCAGGGACUCGGGUCUCAGGCCUGGGCCAGGAUUCUGAGCAAGAAGCCCUGCAACUUCAGCCGCUGCUCCUGCCAUGCCCGCCCCUCACUCACCUCACAAUGCCUCCCAUUCAGCCCUGUCCCCGCUGCCAGGUCUGCGGGCUGGGAGGGGGGCUCCCGCUGGCGUCCAGGCAGGGACCGUUGCCAGCCUUCCCCUGUGCUGCAUUUCCAGGCUGGACUGGCCGUGCGAUCGGCAUGGCGGGGUGAGUCUUUGGGCCCUGCGGUGGCAAGGUGGGUUAGAGAAGCUGAGUGCCUCCAGGCAAACCCCUGCCCCUCUCUGGGCCUCUCAGGGGCUGGGGGACAGGGGCUCUGGGAUCUCCCGGGGCAGAGAUUCUCCAAGGGUCUCUCCGAAAUGGGUUCCGAGGAAGACGGUGAACGUGGCCGCUCCCAGGAGCUCCCCUGGGCUAGUCCUCCAGGAGCCUGUCUGAGCGCUAGGCAGGCCUGAGGCCUGGACGCUUGUCCUUCAGGGAUCUGUCCCCACACCCCCGACCUGCCCUGAGCCUCAGCCUCACUACAGCUCUACAGGAUGCCACCAGCCCCAAGGCCGGGCUGGACCCUGGGACCCCAAGGAAACUGAAAACCGCAUGGUGACAGCCAACCCAGUGAGUGGAACACGGGAGGCUCAGGGUGGGAGUCAGCCCAGGGAUCAGGAAGGGUUGCUCAGAGAGCUGAGGACAGAGGGAAAAGUGGUGAGGCAGAGAGGAGGGAGCUGCUUUGCGUGCUGAUGGUGGGGGAGCCCGGGGUGACACUGAAGGGUCUGAGCGGGUACCAGUGGGGAAUCAGGAGUCAGGAUUUCCCAGCAAAGGCAGUGAGGAGAGGCUGGAGGGAUUUCAGCCGGGGGUGUCAGGGCCCGUCUGUAUCUUGGAAAGUUCCCUUUGGUUGGUGGUGAGCGGAAGUGGGGAAGCCAGGAGUGCCACCGUGGCGCGGGCCUCCCUGUGGAGAGGCAGGCGGUAGUUGUGAGGUAAAGGGGUCCAGCUGGGUAUUGGGUAGACGGGGAGUGGAUGGACAGACAGGAAAAGUGGACAGACCUUGCCCAAAGCACAGCCCCAAGGCCAUACCCGCAGUUCCCCCCAUCCCAGGCCAGGCCAGCGGGGUGGCACUAAGAUGAAGAGAGGACAACAGAUGAAUAAACAGAAGUCGGAGCCCCUUGCUUGCCUGUCAGAGUGGCUCUGACCAGCCAUUAAGGCUCCUCAGGGCUUUCGGAUCCCACGACACCUGGUCUCCCAAGUCGUGCCAGCCCUGGGUCCUCCCCUCCGGCUGCCAGGCUGUCUUCUCGAGGUGGGUGCCAUUACGCUCCCUGCCACCACGGUGCUGAUGCCACUUCCGUCUGAGGAACGGCUGAUUCUCUCUCCACCGCCAACCUCACCCUGGGAGGAUACAACUCCCCCUGGACCCGGGGGCUUCUGCACAGCCUGGGCACACCUCUGAACUGCAUUCGGCAAGGCCUCACUGAGCCACUGGCAGACAAUCAAAGGGACUUGCCAGGUUGCCUUUCUGAGCCUGUUUCCUCUGGUAUAAAACAGGGAUAACAAUGCAAUCUAUGCUCUGGGGAGGGGUUGGAGGCUCAGGGUAAUGACAGCUUCCCUGGGGCCAAAGGAGGAAGACAUCUGAGGGGCUCUGGGACAAGAGCUGGGGCUCAGUAAGUGGACAGUGUGGGACCCUUGCUCCUGUGAACACCUGACCCUUCUUCUCUCUGCCAGGCCCCAGAGUGUCUCCGUGGUGCUGCUGCUUCCUCUGCUGCUGCCACUGGGGCCAACCUGGCAUGCAGCUGCCCAGCGCUGCCCACAGACCUGCAUCUGCGACAAUUCCAGGCGGCAUGUGGCCUGCCGGCACCAGAACCUCACCGAGGUGCCGAAUGCCAUCCCUGAGCUGACCCAGCGGCUGGACCUCCAGGGCAACAUGCUAAAGCUGAUCCCCCCAGCUGCCUUCCGGGACCUGCCUUACCUGACACACCUGGACCUGCGGCACUGCCAGGUGGAGCUGGUGGCUGAGGGUGCCUUCCGAGGCCUGGGCCGCCUGCUCCUCCUCAACCUGGCCUCCAACCGCCUGAACGCGCUGCCCCAGGAGGCGCUGGACGGGCUAGGCUCGCUGCGGCGGCUGGAGCUGGAGGGGAACCUGCUGGAGGAGCUGCGGCCGGGGACGUUCGGGGCGCUGGGCGCGCUGGCCACGCUGAAUCUGGCCCACAACGCUCUCGUCUACCUGCCCGCCAUGGCCUUCCAGGGGCUGGUGCGCGCCCGCUGGCUGCAGCUAUCCCACAACGCGCUCAGCGUUCUGGCCCCCGAGGCCCUGGCCGGCCUGCCCGCCCUGCGCCGCCUCAGCCUGCACCACAAUGAGCUGCAGUCCCUGCCCGGGGCGACCUUGUCCCAGGCCCGCGGCCUGGCCCGCCUUGAGCUGGGCCACAACCCCUUCACCUACACGGGCGAGGAGGACGGGCUGGUGCUGCCCGGCCUGCGGGAGUUGAGGCUGGACCACGGGGCCUUGCAGGCCCUGGACCCCAGGGCCUUUGCCCACUGCCCCCGCCUGCACACCCUGGACCUCCGUGGGAACCAGCUGGAUGCCCUGCAGCCGCUGCAGGGCCCGGGUCAGCUGCGCCGGCUGCGGCUGCAGGGGAACCCACUGCGGUGCGACUGCCGGGCUCGUCCCCUGCUCCAGUGGCUGGCGCGUGCGCGCGUGCGCUCGGACGGCGCGUGCGGGGAGCCACGGCGCCUGCGCGGCGAGGCCCUGGACGCCCUGCGGCCCUCGGACCUGCGCUGCUCCGGAGCCGGGGCGGAGGAGGAAGAGGAGGAGGUGGCGGCCGCGCGGCCCCGUGUCCCUGCCGGCACCUCCAAGGAGAAGGCUGGGGCGGCCGGGCCCUGCCCUCGCGCCUGCGUGUGCGCCCCUGAGUCCCGGCACAGCAGCUGUGAGGGCCGCGGCCUGCAGGUCGUGCCCCGCGGCUUCCCCAACGACACCCAGCUCCUGGACCUGAGGCAGAACCACUUCCCCUUGGUGCCCCGAGAGGCCUUCCCGGGCCUGGACCAGCUGGUGUCGCUGCAUCUGCAGCACUGCGGCAUCACAGAGCUGGAAGCAGGCGCCCUGGCGGGGCUGGGCAGCCUGCUCUACCUCUACCUCUCGGACAACACGCUCUCCAGCCUCAGCGCUGCCUCCCUCGAAGGGGCGCCCUGCCUGGGCUACCUGUACCUGGAGCGCAACCGCUUCCUGCAGGUGCCAAGGGCCGCCCUGCGCGCCCUGCCCAGCCUCUUCUCCCUGCACUUGCAGGAAAACGCUCUGGACCGCCUGGCACUGGGGGACCUGGCAGGCAUGCGGGCCUUGCGCUGGCUCUACCUGAGUGGGAACCGCAUCACCCAAGUGUCCCCCGGGGCACUGGGCCCCGCUCAGGAGCUGGAGAAGCUGCACCUGGACAGGAACCAGCUGCGAGAGGUGCCCACUGCGGCCCUGGAGGGGCUGCCUGCCCUCCUGGAGCUGCAGCUCUCGGGGAACCCGCUCAGGGCCCUGCAAGAUGGGGCCUUCUGGCCCGUGGGCCGCUCACUGCAACACCUUUUCCUGAACAGCAGUGGCCUGGAGCAGGUUUCUCCGGGGGCCUUCUUGGGCCUGGGGCCUCGGCUCCAGAGCCUACAUCUGCAAAAGAAUCAGCUGCAGGCCCUGCCCGCCCUGCCUGGUCUCAGCCAGCUUGAGCUCAUCGACCUCAGUGGCAAUCCCUUCCACUGUGACUGCCAGCUGCUCCCACUUCACAGGUGGCUCACUGGGCUGAACCUGCACGUGGGGGCCGCCUGUGCCGCCCCUCCCAGUGCCCGUGGCCAGAGCGUGAAGGCUGCAGCUGCUGUCUUUGAAGCCUGCCCGGGCUGGGCUGCCGGGAAGGCCAAGCGGACGCCGGCCCCCAGGCCUAGUGCCCAGAGGACCCCCAUGAAGGGAAGACGGCAGGGAGCGAACAAGGUGGGGAAGGAGGGGGUCGGCCUCUGAGCACCGGAGCCGCCCCCAACCUCGACCCCGCGUGGGAGGCUCUUACUCUCAUCAGGAACGGGCUCCGACGAGAUCUCUGCCGCCUGCAGGUCGUCCUCCAGCAGGGGCUUCUUGGACCCCUGUCUGAGGGGCCGGGUCUUGGUUGGUGGUAUUCUUUUUCCUUUGAAUAAACACAGAAUUAAAUCCGG